CCAUCCAUUCAAUUCUGGUAGACCUUUGAACAUUGAAGAUUACUUUGAGGGAUGACAACAAAGUUCCUCAAAUAUAUAUAUUCCAAAUCCCUUCAUUUUAGGAACAACAAUCCCUACACUACAGCUGUUUCCCAAGCUCCCUAUCACUGUCUUGUCUUUUUAACAAAAACACUACACCUUGUGUUGUGUCAUUGCAUUAUAAGUCUCUUAAGUUUAGUUUUCUGUGUCAAACAUGGUGGAUAUGAUGGAUAUCUCUUUCUCCAACGAAUUCUGCUACAUGAGUGCAUGUAGUUUCAGCCAAGAGAUGUGCUUCUACAGUGCACCAACUAGUCCUAGCAGGCUCAAACUAAGAGCACCCUUUGGUUCUCAAACUGGCCCCACAACACCAAGAGCAGCAACACAUGAGGAUGAUGCAGACUCCAAUGUGAAUGAGUUUGAAUUUGAAACUAGUCGCAGGUUCAAUGUUAGUGUCGGUGACUUGGACACCGAGACAAACCAAAAGGAUGAGAACCUUUUUGGUGAUUCAUUGCAGACUAUGGCAUUUGCUGAUGAGCUAUUCUGUGAUGGUAAAGUCUUGCCACUGAUGCCACCUCUCAAACUUCCUCCAAGGAUGCAUCAGAAUGGAGAUGGUAGCAUUAUGAGCACUCACAGCUCAACACUGACGUCUCCAAGAUCCCCAGGAUCGGUGCUUAGGCUUCGGUUUUCGCGGCAAAGUUUGUGGAAUGAUGACUUUGAUCCCUUCAUGGUUGCUUUGGAGAAGGUCAGAGAAGAAAAGAGAGGGAAUCCAAGUGCAAGACAUGGUCUGAGGAGGACUAGAUCACUUUCUCCAUUCAGGAGCUUCAACAAGAAGUCUGAAAAAAAUGUGGGAAUAUCAAAGUCAAGUCAACUUGAGUCACAUUGUUGUGACACAGCUCAGCUAGUGUGUGAACUUAAUAAAGAGCCAUUAAAGCAAGUGUCAGGAAGAAUAAAUGUGCUAUCUGAGCCCAAAGGGUUGAUGUUUGCAAAACAGGUGAGACUAGUAGGAGUGAGCAAUGAUACUACAACCUUGGAGAGGACCUCAGUUUCCAAAGUUGCUACGGAAACAAAGAAAGAUGAGGGGAAAAGAGGUGGUUUUUGGAGAAGGAAUAAGAGAGAAAAUAUAAAGAAGUUUCUCUUUGGGACUAGUAACAUGUGGAAAGCCAAUGCUCAUCACAAGUUAGAAGAUAAAAUAGCAGCACAAGAGAAACAACCCUUGGUGAGGAAACUUGACAUGAAAUCUGUGAAAGCAACAGAAUCAACACAAUGGGAUAAAGAUCCAAGAACUGGUGAGUUGACCAAAAUGAGAUUGGUAUGUCACAGGCCAUUGCCAAGAUUUUUUCUCUGCUUGGGUUAUGAGGAAGGGAAAGUGAAGUGAUUGAGUCACACUGGGUAGAAUGUAGAAGUUAGCUGAAAUGAAUGCUUUAAAUUACAAUUUUAAAUUCGUUCUAUUUGUGUAAUAGUGUUGCUGUGAUGUUGCCUCUACUUUACCAUUUUAUACUAUCUAGUGGGAAUCAUACGAUACCAAUGCUUUUUAGAAAUUGGUUAUUUAUACCUUGUCUAGAAAUUUUCCCACAUGAAUUGGCAUAUAAAUUUCCCUAA